AUGGGGAAAGGUUUCUACAUCAGUAAAGCUGUUGGGAUAGUUGCUUUCAUCCUGUGUGCAGGGGCCCUGGCUACCAUCAUAGCGCUCUCUGUUGUUUACUCCCAGGAAAAGGCUAAAAAUAAUAAUCCUGUCUCACCAACGGAUGGAGGAAUAACAUCCAAGCCCACCGUCACACCGUCAACGACUGGAGGAACAUCCGUCACACCUGCCCCGUCCAAUGAACCUUGGGACAAGUACCGGCUGCCCAAGAGCCUGGUGCCAGACCACUAUAACCUCACCUUAUGGCCGCGACUGACUCAAAAUGAGACAACUAAGCUCUACAUCUUUACUGGUGACUCCGGUGUGGAGUUUGAGUGUAAUGAGGAGACUGACCUGAUCCUUAUCCACUCCAAUAAGCUGAACUACACCAAACUUGAGAAUGGCCACUUGGCGAGACUCAUCUCAGUCACUGGAGUCCAAGCCCCUUCAAUCAAGUCUUCCUGGCUCCAGACAGUGACUCAGUACUUGGUCCUACAGCUGGAUGGUAAACUGAUGAAGGGCCACAGGUACCACCUCUUCACUAAGUUUACUGGAGAGCUGGCUGAUGACCUGGGAGGCUUCUAUAGGAGCGAAUACAAGGAGGAUGGAGUGACAAAGGUUGUUGCUACUACUCAGAUGCAAGCGACGCAUGCCAGGAAGGCUUUCCCCUGUUUUGACGAGCCAGCUAUGAAGGCUAUUUUCUUCAUCACGCUGAUCCACGACCACGGAACUGUAGCCCUGUCCAAUGGUGCAGAAAAAGAAUCAAACAGCGUCACCAUUGAAGGUCAUAGUGUGCAGAAGACAGUUUUUGAGCCAACUGAGAAAAUGUCCACCUACCUGUUGGCGUUCAUCGUCAGUGACUAUGCCUACAUCAAUAACACCAUUGAUGGAGUUUUGAUCCGUAUCUUCGCCCGGAAGCCUGCUAUUGCUGCUGGGCAAGGACAGUAUGCCCUGAACAAAACUGGACCCAUCCUUAAGUUCUUUGAGAAAUAUUACAGUUCCAAAUACCCUCUACCGAAGUCUGAUCAGAUCGCUUUGCCAGAUUUUAAUGCUGGAGCCAUGGAGAACUGGGGUCUGAUCACAUACAGAGAGACAGCACUGCUCUACGAUGAAGCGUUCUCCUCCAACUCCAACAAGGAGAGGAUUGCUACAAUUAUUGCUCAUGAGCUGGCUCACAUGUGGUUUGGUAAUCUGGUGACCCUGAGGUGGUGGAAUGACUUGUGGCUGAAUGAAGGCUUCGCAUCCUAUGUCGAGUACCUGGGUGCAAACAAUGCUGAACCAGACUGGAAUGUGACAGACCUUAUUGUGCUCAGUGACAUCCACAGGGUGUUUGCCAUCGAUGCCCUGGCCUCUUCUCACCCUCUGUCUUCUAAAGAAGAAGACGUCGAGAAACCAUCACAGAUCAGUGAGCUGUUUGAUGCCAUCUCAUACAGCAAGGGAGCAUCUGUUCUAAGAAUGUUAUCAGAUUUCCUAACUGAAGACGUCUUCACAAAGGGAAUCAGGACCUACCUGGAAGAAUUUGCAUAUGGGAAUGCAAUCUACACAGACUUAUGGAAGCAUCUGCAAACGGCUGUGAAUAAUUCUGGCACUAAACUUCCCGACACUGUUAAUAACAUCAUGAAUACCUGGGUGCUGCAAAUGGGCUUUCCUGUGGUUACCAUAGAUACCCAAAAUGGGUCUGUAUCCCAGGCUCACUUUCUCUUGGAUCCAGAAUCCAGUGGAGUCAUAGCUCCAUCUCCCUUCAGCUAUAAAUGGAUUGUUCCAAUCAAGUGGAUGAAGACUGGAGUCAUCCAGCCACCACAGUGGCUGAAGAAUAAAACAGCCACAAUGGAUGUGAUGAAGACAACAGGGGAUGACUGGGUGCUGGCCAACCACAACAUGGUGGGUUACUACAGAGUCAACUAUAACCAGGCCAACUGGGACAGACUCCUUAAUAUUCUGGGCACCAAUCAUCAGCUUAUUCCAGUGAUCAACAGAGCUCAGUUGGUGGAUGAUGCCUUCAACCUGGCCAGAGCAAAGAUCAUCUCUACAGAACUGGCCCUCAGUACCACCAAGUACCUGAACAAUGAAAGAGAUUAUAUCCCCUGGCAGUCUGCCCUGAACAACCUGGACUUCUUUUACCUCAUGUUUGACCGCAGCGAGGUUUAUGGUCCCAUGCAGAAUUACCUGAGGAAACAGGUCACCCCUCUGUUUGAAUACUACAAGAAAAUGACUGACAACUGGAGCAGAGUACCUGUUGGACACAUGGACCAGUAUAAUCAGGUAAAUGCUAUCAGUCUGGCUUGCAGGACAGGCCUCGAGGAAUGCCUAAGUUUGACCAAGACAUUGUUCCGCCAAUGGAAGGACAAUAACAUCAACCAGAUCCACCCCAACCUGCGUUCCACUGUGUACUGUAACGCCAUCGCAGCAGGCGGCACUGAAGAGUGGGACUUUGCUUGGUCACAGUUUAAUUCCACAACGGUUGCUACUGAAGCUGAAAAACUUCGCUCUGCCCUGGCCUGCACGAAGCAGCCCUGGCUGCUCAACAGGUACCUCGAGUACACUCUGAAUCCAAGCAUGAUCCGAAAGCAGGAUGCCACCUCCACCAUUGUCUACAUUGCCAACAAUGUGGUUGGACAGUCUCUGGCAUGGGACUUUGUCAGGUCUCAGUGGUCACAUAUUUUCACUCAGUAUGGUGGUGGAUCAUUCUCCUUUUCCAACCUGAUCAACGGAGUCACCAAGCGCUUCUCAACUGAAUUUGAGCUUCAACAGCUGAAGCAGUUCAAGGCAGAUAAUGCAGAGAUCGGUUUCGGCUCUGGGACCCUGGCACUGGAUCAGUCCAUUGAGAGAACCAACGGCAACAUAAAAUGGAUCAAAGAGAACAAGCAGAAUGUUCUGAAUUGGUUCAAAGCUGAAACUAAAUCCUAAUAAUGCCCUAUACUAAGCCUGUAUUUACUUGUACUUCAUGUAAUUUAAAAAUGCAUUGUCCUGAAAAAUAGAUUUAUACAUAAUAUGAUCAUCCUUUAAAAAUAA